CUGUUUACUUAUCUUAUCCCGUUAAUCAUUAAUAUUCCCAAGCUUCUUUCUUUCUUUUUCUUUCUUGGUUUUGUUAAGUUGAAGGAGUCUUGUUUUGAUGGACGGAAUGUACAGUUACAACGCCACCGCGGGAGAGUACGCUGACAAGGCGUUGAUGUCACCGGAAAACAUGAUCCUCCCGUCAGACUACCAUGCUUGGCUUUGCUCGUCGGUUCGGGUUCCGAUGUUUGGAUCCGACGAGUUAAUCUCCGCCGCCUCUGCCAUAUCGGAAGCUACUUCCAUCACCCCUGAAAUUCGACGAGAAGAAGACAUCUCAUGUGUCGUCAAAGCCAAAGUCGCUUCCCACCCUUCCUUCCCGCGCUUGCUUCAAGCUUAUAUUGAUUGCCAGAAGGUCGGGGCGCCACCGGAGAUAUCGAGUAUACUAGAUGAAAUUCUGAGGGAGAACGACGUUAACAGGCGGGAUAUCGGGCCAACCUGCUUUGGAGCCGACCCUGAGCUCGACGAGUUCAUGGAAACUUACUGCGAUAUGUUACUGAAAUUUAAAUCUGAUCUCUCAAGGCCAUUUGAUGAAGCAACCACCUUUCUAAACAAGAUUGAAAUACAGCUUCGAAAUCUCUGCACCGGUUCUUCUAUUAGAGAUGAAGGUGGAGAAUCAUCGGAUGAAGAUGUUGGUGGUGGAGAAGUAGAAGUGGUAGAAGGGAAGGCAAGAAGGGAAGAGCAAGGUCUGAAAGAUAGGCUGCUUCGGAGAUUCGGCAGUCAUAUAAGUAGCUUGAAGUUGGAGUUCUCGAAGAAGAAGAAGAAAGGGAAACUACCAAGAGAAGCACGACAAAUGUUGCUGGAAUGGUGGAAUGUUCACUACAAAUGGCCAUAUCCAACGGAAGCUGACAAGAUAGCAUUGGCUGAAUCGACGGGACUAGACCAGAAACAAAUAAAUAACUGGUUUAUAAAUCAAAGAAAGCGGCACUGGAAACCAUCGGAGAGCAUGCAAUUCGCGGUUAUGGAUAACCUGUCGGGACAAUUCUUUACCGACGACUGAGGCAUUGCCAACUCAAACGUAUAUCCCACAUCAUUACUUAAUUCUGGUUUAACAUAUG